AUUACAAGCACAAAACACUCCCAGCCGUGGGCUGUGACGUAUACUCAGAUGCGGACAGGGACGCAGGGCUGGGUUUCCAUUUUCGCUUCGAGUUUCGGGCGGAACAACAAUAUGGAGCCGGAGAUGGAAGACAAAACGUUGGAGCUAAUGUGCUCUGUGCCUCGCUCUCUCUGGCUGGGCUGCUCCUCGGUGGCAGAGAGUUUGUGUGCACUCAGGUGCCUGCAGAGCCUCCCCUCCUCCCGGGCCCACAACCAGAAUAUGACGGUUAUGGAGCCUCAAAAUAAUCACUCAGAUGAGCUUUCGCCAAAGAAGACCACAGUAUUCAAGCUCGGUAACGGAGUGGUCUCGGGCUCACGGAAGCGGCCGUCGCAGUGCAACUUCGACAAGGAGAAGGACGUGUGCAUCCAGCUGUUUGACCAGUGGUCGGAGGGCGACCAGGUGGAGUUUGUGGAGCACCUCAUCUCGCGCAUGUGCCACUACCAGCACGGACACAUCAACUCCUACCUCAAGCCCAUGCUCCAGAGGGACUUCAUCACAGCGCUGCCAGCCCGAGGUCUGGACCACAUAGCGGAGAACAUCCUGUCGUUCCUGGACGCCCGCUCGCUGUGCUCGGCCGAGCUGGUGUGCAAGGAGUGGCAGCGGGUCAUCUCCGAGGGCAUGCUGUGGAAGAAGCUCAUCGAGCGCAUGGUCCGCACCGACCCGCUCUGGAAGGGCCUCUCCGAAAGACACCAGUGGGAGAAGUACCUCUUCAAGAACCGCACAGCAGAAGUCCCGCCCAACUCCUACUACCACUCACUUUAUCCUAAAAUCAUCCAGGACAUAGAGACCAUUGAAGCGAACUGGCGGUGUGGAAGGCACAACCUGCAGAGGAUCCAGUGCCGCUCAGAGAACAGUAAGGGGGUCUACUGCCUUCAGUAUGACGACGAGAAGAUCAUCAGCGGCCUACGAGACAACUCCAUAAAGAUCUGGGAUAAGCAGUCUCUGGAGUGUCUGAAGAUUCUGACGGGUCACACGGGCUCGGUUCUGUGUCUACAGUACGAUGAGCGGGUCAUAGUCACGGGCUCCUCCGACUCUACCGUCAGGGUGUGGGACGUGACCUCGGGCGAGGUGCUCAACACGCUCAUCCACCACAACGAGGCGGUGCUCCACCUGCGCUUCUGCAACGGCCUGAUGGUGACGUGCUCGAAGGACCGCUCCAUCGCCGUGUGGGACAUGGCCUCGCCCACCGACAUCAGCCUGCGCCGCGUGCUGGUGGGCCACCGCGCCGCCGUCAACGUGGUCGACUUCGACGACAAGUACAUCGUCUCCGCCUCGGGCGACCGCACCAUCAAGGUGUGGAGCACCAGCACGUGUGAGUUUGUGCGCACACUGAACGGCCACAAACGAGGCAUCGCCUGUCUGCAGUACCGGGAUCGUCUGGUGGUCAGCGGCUCCUCGGACAACACCAUCAGGCUGUGGGAUAUAGAGUGUGGGGCGUGCUUGCGUGUGCUGGAGGGCCACGAGGAGCUGGUUCGCUGCAUUCGCUUCGACAACAAGCGCAUCGUCAGCGGAGCGUACGACGGUAAAAUUAAAGUUUGGGACUUACAAGCUGCCCUGGAUCCCCGGGCCCCUGCCAGUACUCUCUGCCUGCGUACACUAGUGGAGCACUCGGGCCGCGUGUUCCGGCUCCAGUUCGACGAGUUCCAGAUCAUCAGCAGCUCCCACGACGACACCAUCCUCAUCUGGGACUUUCUCAACGUGUCGGCCAACGGGCAGUCGGAGGGCCGGUCGCCCUCCCGCACCUACACGUACAUCUCCAGAUAGCAGGUGCCUCUCCUCUGCGGCAGUGUGUCCUGGGAAAGCUGAGAGCUGAUUGGCUGUGGCUGGCCCAGACAGGAGCCCAGGGACCCCUCCUCUUCCUGCUCAUCAUCAUCCACCUCCUCACUGCUGUGCAUUCAUCCCCGUGGUGGCUCCUCAAUCCGAAACGGCACUUUACGAACGCUGACCUGUACUUUCAACCUUAACUACAUUCACCUGGGAAAGAUCAUCUCCCUUUUCUUCUCCCCUCUCCCCCGAUCACUAUUGGAGCACGGCCCUCGAUCUAGAUCGUGUUUAAGCCAGCUCUAUUUAAACAAAAGUCCUGAAAAGCACAUACUUGCACUCUUACCACCCCCCACCCUGCCCCGCCCCCCUCUCCUAACCACUAGCCCUCCCCAGUUCUCGGGAUGGGGUUCUCCAUCUAAGUCCAGCCUGUUGGGUCCUAAACGUAGAGGUGCCACUGUAGAUAAGAUGAUAAGCUUAGCAUUAACUUAAACAGCAUCCGAGUUCCGAGUUCUCCCACUACGUCUCACUUAAACAGGGCACGAGCCAUAUUGCAGAGGCACUUGUUCUUUACGUUCUCUCUCUCACACUCUAUUCCACCGCGCGCCCCGUCCCUUUUUUCUUUCUUUUCCCCUCGUUUUGCUCUUUUUUUUUUUUUUUCCUUUCCAUGGACAGGACUGUUGCACGUUCACAGAUGGACACACGACACAACCGCACGUCAGAGACAGAGACUCUGUGCAAGCCUCAGGUAAUGAGGACCCGAUUGAUUGAUUGAUUGGUUGGGUUGAGUGAGUGAUUGGCGGACGGAUUCGCAAAUGGGAUGACUGUGUGAGGAGCGGGUGAGGAAGUAGGGAAAUGGAGGAAAUUGAGUCUUUCUCCGUUGGCGCCCACCCCCUCCUUUCUCUCUGUGCGUUGGGGGCCGGGGAAAGCUGACACUCCCGGCGGCGGCCUUCUCUCCAGAGCGAGGGACAUACGGACUGCUAGCGGGACUUGUCCACGGACGAGCCUGCAGCAUUGAACUGCAGUGACCGACUUCAGGUGGGGGGGUGUGCCCCUCACCGUGUCUCGUGACGUUUGUUUGUUUGUUUGUUUGUUUGUAUGUAUAUGUGUGUGUGUGUGUGUGUGUGUGUGUGUGUGUGUGUAUGUAUGUUUGUGUGUGCGCGUGUGUGUGUUUUCUGUUUCUUUUUAAUUCUUUUUUUUUUUCAUCAAGGAGAUUGCUGUGCAUGUGAGGCCAAAGGGAGAAGCAGUUUCCUGCCAAGCCUCUGUGAUUUUUUUUCUCUUCUUUUGUAACUGCCUAUUACUUUCAUAUUGUUUUCCUCAUAUUCCACCCUUUUUAAAUUGGACAUGUCAUUUCUCUCUUGGUGAGAUUGUGCUAGACAUUGUAAUUCUCUUUUCAUUCAGUGUCAAUUGUUUUCUCUUCUCUUUCUCUCUCUCGCUCUCUCUCUCUCUCACUCUCUCCUCUCUUAUCUUCUCUCUCUCCCCCCUCUCUGGUUUGCCUGUACUUGCCUGCUUUUUUUCUUUUGUUCUAAGAGUCCUGUGUCUUGAAACUGAGUUUAGCUGUAAACAGAACUGUCUUGUCAAAAACUGUGUUGUAUAUUAAAAUGAUUUUUUAAAAGAUGAAAAAAAAUAUUGUGAAUAAAACACUUUACUGUGGAA